CAUAUAUUCAUAUUUAUAUUCAUAUAAUAUAAUAUCGGUGUGAAUUUGCAAGCGGCAGCAGAAGAGCUAUUCCGAUAAAAAGCAGCAGCAGCAGCAGCAGCAGCUUGCUUUGGUGAUCGUACGAACGAAAAUGGCGAGUCAAUUGAGCAAAAAAAGAAAGUUUGUAGCGGAUGGCGUGUUCUUUGCUGAACUGAAUGAAAUCCUCACUAGAGAACUUGCCGAGGACGGCUACUCGGGUGUCGAAGUUAGGGUUACGCCUAUGCGUACCGAGAUCAUCAUCCGGGCCACACGUACCCAAAAUGUUCUUGGUGAGAAGGGAAGGCGAAUAAGGGAGCUGACAUCUCUUGUUCAGAAGCGUUUUAAGUUUCCUGAAAACAGUGUGGAGCUUUACGCUGAAAGGGUCAACAACAGAGGGCUGUGUGCCGUUGCCCAGGCUGAGUCUUUGCGUUACAAGCUUCUUGGAGGUCUUGCUGUCCGCAGGGCAUGCUAUGGUGUUCUAAGAUUUGUCAUGGAAAGUGGGGCAAAAGGGUGUGAGGUUAUUGUCAGUGGAAAGCUUAGGGCUCAACGUGCGAAAUCAAUGAAAUUCAAAGAUGGGUACAUGGUCUCAUCUGGUCAUCCAGCGAAUGCGUACAUUGACAAAGCUGUAAGACAUGUGCUUCUAAGACAGGGUGUUCUUGGUAUCAAAGUGAAGAUCAUGCUUGACUGGGACCCUACCGGAAAGGUUGGUCCCAAAGCACCUUUACCUGAUAAUGUAGUGAUCCACAUGCCCAAGGAUGAUUUCUUUACCCAUCCACCAAAGGAAGCGGAAGAAUAUAGACCUGAUGAGCCUAUUCCGAUGCCAGCUGCUGUUUGAACUGUAGUCGCAUGAUCUGAGUUUUAUGUAUUAAGCAGAUAGCAAACAAAGAGUAGUUUUCUUUCUAGUCGUCCACCUUUCAUGCCUACUUGAUGGAAGUUCCAUUCUUUUAAGACUUAAUUUUUUGCUCAUAUUAAGUUUCAUGCCUAGUUUGAUGGAA